UUUUGUGCAGACCUUCGAUCUAAAUAUUAAAUAUAGAGAGAGAGUACUAGUAGCGAAUGGUUUUUGUGCAGACCUAAUAUAUAGAGAGAGAGAGUAGCAGAGAUGAAUGCAAGAUCAUCAGAUCUACAGAUUGCUGUCACUCUAGCGUUGCUUAUUUUAAGUUGGUCAUGCCGAGGGGAAGCUUAUUUGACAAUAACCCCCACUGUGGCUUGUCCUGAUGACACUGUCACCUUCACCUGCACUCUGCCUGGUAGCUUUAUACAAUGGGAUAUCACUCCACUGCAAGGGGCCCGGUUCAGCAUAUUUUUACGUUUUAAUAAUGAUGAUGCCACAGAAGGUAUUCCAGCAUUCCGUGGUGUUCGCAAUGACACGAGUGAAAAUAAUGUCACUGCCACUCUCACUUCACUGUCCGAGGCCUCCAUUGUGGAGGGUUUUAUGGUGGAGUGUAUUGGGGCUAGCUCACGAGAAGGUCCUCUUCCCAUUACUGUUGCUGAUCCACCCUCCCCUCCCUUGAGUCCAAGAGUCUCCUUCACUCUAAACCAACCCAGCUACUCUAAUACUACCCUGGAGUGGGGCCCUCCCUCCUCUACUGGCAGUGUGUCUGUCAACUAUGUCGUUACUAUCUCCCCAACACCUUUGUCCGGGUCACCAGUCACCGUGGAGGCCAUCUCGGCACAGAUAACUGUCUCCUACAACACUCUCUACAAUGUGACUAUCAGAGCUGACAACUGUGCAGGAAUGAGCCAAGAGAGUUUAAUUAUGGAUCUAAUUGUGUGCCCCACACCGUCUACUGCUGCUGAUGUGACUAUCACCAACACACCUCCUGUCACUAUUGGUGGAUCCAUGCUCACCUUCACUUGCAGAGACAGUGAAGUGAUAACCUCAACCUGUGGCAGUAGUGGGUGGUCUCCUGACCCUGGGACCUUUGACUGCAGCAGUCCAGUUACAGAUCCCUCGGUCACCUGUGACUCUCCAACAGUACCGUACAAUGGCACUGUGGACAUCAAUGGUAUGGAAACACCACCCUUCUCACUGGGUUCACAGGUCAUCUAUCGCUGUGAUGAUGGACUGUUCCCCCUUGAUGUGAGGACCAGCACAUGCACUGAUGUAGGGGGUAGGGGAGAGUGGGUGGAGAAUCCUGGGAGCUUGGUAUGCAGAGUGAGUCCAGUCAACUGCACUGUUCCUGACGAGCCCUUAAACGGGACUAUAGUGAACUACAAAAGGUUGAACGAGACAGUGUUGGAGGGAACAGUGCUGACUUACCAGUGUGACAAUGAACUCUCACUGACUGGGCCCAACACCAUCACUUGCAAUAAUGCUGGAGAAUGGAGCACUGAACCCGAAGCAAUCAUGUGUGUAGUUAGGACUGAAGGUACUGGCAUUGGACCUAUAGUAGUAGGUGGUGUUGUUGGUGGUAUACUGGUGGUUGUGUGCCUCGUGGUCAUUGUGGUGAUUGCCCUGCUGUUACUGAGGAGACAGAAAUCAGAUGAGCUCAAUGAAGAUGUUGUGGAAAUGUCGGGACUUCAGGGAGACUACAGUGAGCUGAGGCAUGACGGUCCAAGGAAUUCAAAGAAAGCCCAACCUCCUCCUCCUGACUCUGAGGGUUACAGCAGAGUCAAUCGUAGUCCGGAUGCUGGUGCACUAACUUACGAUGAGGUGGUCCUGAACUCAGACAAUAAAAUAGAAAUCAACUCAGAAGGCUACAGUACAAUGAACACUGGACAGACUCAGAGACUACCCGGCUAUGGCCAGCUCGGCAAUGUGGCUACAGUGGAGCCAGUGGUAUAUGCUGCCCUUAGCUCCAGCCAGCCCCACAAGAAAGGCAGCAACACGACUGCCACAGUGGACCAGCACCAGGUCACCUACGCUACUGUGGAUGUUGCUGCCACCAGCAGGAAACAUGCCAAAGCAGCCAUUCUCCCCACCAGCCCAACAGCCUCAGCCCCAGCCCUGCCUGAUGUGGACAAGCUCCUGGACAUUGACCAGGCCUUGGUCCAAAUCAGGUCAAUGGACCACAAAUGGAGGGAGCUAGCAGAGACUAUGAGGCUGCCUGAAACAAUGAUUGAACAGAUUGAGGAUUCCUGUGGGGUCAACCAUGGUGGGUGUUUGACAGAGGUGAUCGACCAGUGGAUGAGGAGUUGCUCUGGGCGACCAACCUGGAGGGAGCUGUCUGGUCAUCUCAAUAAUAUCAGAGAGGAACAACUGUCACAAGAACUCAUGACUAUCUACGAUACUGGUCGUCUCCCAGUGGAGUUGAACAUGAAGGCAGUACCAAGUACCGUGUACAAGUACGACCGAGCCCCUCCCCCUCCCCUUCCCUCUCGAUCACCCACAACGACAGAUGACAGUCCCGGACUACCAAAGCUUCCCUCACGUCCCCCUAAAGCAGCUGGUGCGGCAAUGGUUCCAGCCCGUCCCCCUAAAUCAGCCCAUAGCAAUGAACCUCCAGUACCUGCACGUCAGUCCAAGCAAUAUGCGAAGCAUUAGGUACUGGAGGUACUGGAUCAUAACUUGUUAGUGCAAGAAUCAACUCAUAUCCUUUAGGUGACAUAUUUUCAUAGGUAGUAGCUGCUAGGUGUGUGGUAGAAUACAACAAACAUUUUAGUGUUAGCACAAGAAUCAACUCAAUACAUGAACUCAUUGACAAGCUUAUUAUCCCCCAUAGUUUAGUCACAAUCACUUAAUUGUCAGCUUACAUGUUUAACAUGUUAAGAAAGUUUUAGGUUAUUUCUCUCAAUUCACAAACAUUUUUUGCUCGAUCACUGCUUAUAAUUAUCAAGAACAUUAUUUUGUGCACAUACAAUUAUAGUGUACUGUACAUGUCUGCUGUCUGUUGGUUGAUGGACAUAAUAAUGCUGAGCAGUCAACAUA